AUGGGUCUGCCACACAUCACCACCUUCUGCUGGUGCAUGGGUCUAGAAGUGGGCUCCAAAGUCAUCGGUUACAUACACUUGUUUGCGUCAUUCACGAUGAUGGUGUUGUGCUCGGUGUCGGCGGCGAGCGCGCGCGCCUACGUGGGCAGCGCGGCGGACGGCGAGGAGCGCGUGUACUCGCGCUGGUUCGUGGCCGCGCUGGCCGCCGCCAUAGCCAGCGCGCUGCACGUGCUGCUCGCCCUCACUCUGCUCCUUGCUGUCCAUAAGCGCAGUACAGUAACUUUGCGUACGUGGGUGUGUGUGAUGUGCGUGCUGUACGUGGCGGCCAUCUUGUACGUGCUGGGCUCCAUGAUCGCCUUCGGUGCUCAUGGCUCCGGCUCCGACAUAUUCGUGUCCUUCCUCGAGGGGGCGCUGUUCUUUGGUAUACUCGCUUAUUGCAUCCUCUGCGUCAACAGCUACUACCUUGUGCUCAAGUGCAACGAGGACAUGGAGGGGCCCCCCAAGACCGAAUAUUAA